UAAUAACAAACAAACGGGCACACUACAUUAAUUCAGUCGUAGUUCUUGUUUUUGUUCAACAUUUUAAGUUUUCGUGUUUGCUGUUGAAUUUAAGUAUUAUGCCACCCCCAAGACCAAAGGGGAUAGGAUUUAAUACAGGGGUCACACCAGCUAGGCCCAGCUCAAACACCCCCAUGUCGGAAAGACAACAAAUGGCGUUAUUAAUCCAAAUGACAGCAACCUCCUCAACAGAGACAUCGCGUGCGCAUUCAAAGAAAAAUGAUAAAAAGGGAGAUGCAACAACAGAAAUUGAUGAGCAGCUCAAUGCUACGGAAAAGCAAUUAGAAAUCACUGAAGGCAAAGAGAAGGCGUCAGCAGCUAACGAUGAUGGAGGCGGCAUCACGGCGGAUGGCAAAAAUGUCGAACCAACUAUAGUGCAAAGCGUGACAAGUACAAAGCGUAGUUAUUCGGAUGUAGAGGAAGAUUUCGAGGAACAUGCUGGCGGCGACGAUGUGAAAAAGAAGAAACGAAAAGAUUUGGAUAAUGCAGCGAAAGAUGUAAAAAGCGCAUCCCUCAAGUUAUCCUCAAAGAUUGAUAAGAACACAAAGCAAGCGUCGGCAAAGAAUUCCCCUUCGGCGACAGGCAGUAAAUCUAGCACAACUGUGGCAACCGCCGCUGCCAACGCUGAGAAGGAAGCGGACGUGAACAAGGCCGUUGACAUUGAAAAUGAAACAGAAGGCGGCAGCAGUGAGGAUUACAAGAGCAAUGAUAGUCUCUAUAAUGGAGGAUUGAAGGUACCACCUCUGAAAAUUGUGAUUCCCCAGCAGAAUUGUUCAAUCGACACCGAUGGUAAUGUGUUGCGAAAAGUAGCCGCAUCAAAGAACGCAGCAUUGCCGUAUGUGGUCAGCUCGAAUAGCGAUUCCAUUGACAAUCAACAAUUGCUAUCAACUACCAAUCAACAACAAUGCCUCAGCCCGCAUGAGAGUCCACAGAAAGUGAACAUUGCCUGCUCCUCCACAAUACUGGAUGAUAAGAACAUUAAACUAUUCAAUGACGAAAAGAAUCUAAGAGUCUUGCGUAGCUCAUACAGAAGCUGUGUGACAAGCGCUGAACGCAGCUCGAACAAUUCAUCACCGCAAAUGCAAAGUAGCUCCCCAUCGCCAGCGUCAUCGAAUCAUGCCAAUGAUAAUGCCGACAUUAAGGUAUCAUAUACAAAUAUGACAUCGAGCCCAAUUCAACACAAUCAAUUCGAUCAUGACGUUUUACCGAAUGUGCCCAGUCCAUCGACUUCAUCCACAUCCUCGUCCAAGGAGAUAAUCUCAUCAUCGAACGCUGAUUUGCAUCCGCGCAAACGAAAGAUAAGACCGAAAAAUAUUAAUGAUGAUAGCUCCAAAACCCCCCAAGCAGCUGAUACGUCGUCCGUAACCACUGGCGAAUCGCAUCCACAUGAUUAUCCAUUCACAAAUGGAUUCCAAAUGUUUUUGAAUAUUCGCCGACAAGUUGAGAAGAAAUGGAAGAAUUUGUAUCCGGUAAAACCGCGUCCGCCACAAGGAUACAAUGAUUAUCUGCUCACAAAGAAAUCAUACCUUCUCAAUAAAGAUGUAAAUACCCCCGAAAUUGAAAUACCCGAUGCUAUUCCUGAGAGUAUGAGAUCCUUCUAUGUGCAACAGGAAAAGGCCAGGCGAGAACUGGUCGAGGAGCAUACGGUGGAGCGUGAAAAGCUAUGUUUAAAUGUUGAACAAGAAAUCAUUCGAGUGCAUUCGAAGGCAGCUAGAAGUUUAUCUGGACAAAUUGCACCGUAUUCCGUUUGUACAUUCUUAAAAGACGAUGAAAUUUACAAUAUGAUUACCCCAGAGCAAGAUGAGAAAGAGAAGAGUGCACGAUGCCGCUUCAAUGGUCGCUUGCUACUGAGCUGGCUGCAAGAUGUGGACGACAAGUGGGAGAAAAUCAAGGAAUCAAUGGUUCUGCGGCAGCAUAAUGAGGCAGAGAGCCUGCAUGCCAUCCAAGUAAUGGAUUGGAAUAUCUGCCUAAAACAAAACAAAUUGUGUGACUACAUAUUUGAGUCCAGUGUGGACAAGAAUCACGUGCCUAUCGUACAUGUCGGAGAGGAUUUUGAUACAUUGCCAGCAUGAAAAUGUACGGAAAUUAAGUUAAUAAGUUACAAUAUACUUUAUUUUUACAAUAUGUGUAUUGAUUACUUCAUUUUUUUUAAACGUCACAUUUAUUUAUUGUAUAUGCUCUCAAUAAACAUAAGCUAAGAGUCCACACGCAA